UCAGGCCGCUCAGCCCGGCGGAUGACGUCACGCGCCCCGCCAGUACCAGCCGCUCGUUUUGGUUGUAAUCCCGGUGGGGAAGCUGAUUGUUUCCGGCCGAGCGCCAACUCCGAGAUGACAACGUUGCGCGCGUUUUGCUGCGACGACCUGUUUCGGUUCAACAACAUAAAUUUGGAUCCACUUACAGAAACUUAUGGAAUUCCCUUCUACCUUCAGUAUUUGGCUCAUUGGCCAGAAUAUUUUAUUGUCGCUGAAGCACCAGGAGGAGAGUUGAUGGGAUACAUAAUGGGGAAAGCUGAAGGAUCAGUGGCAAGAGAAGAAUGGCAUGGACAUGUAACAGCAUUAUCUGUAGCUCCAGAAUUCAGACGUUUGGGAUUAGCAGCUAAACUGAUGGAACUGUUGGAGGAGAUAUCUGAAAGAAAAGGAGGAUUCUUUGUGGAUCUAUUUGUACGAGUAUCCAAUCAAGUGGCUGUGAACAUGUACAAACAGCUUGGCUACAGUGUGUACAGGACUGUGAUAGAGUACUACUCAGCUAGCAACGGAGAACCUGAUGAAGAUGCUUAUGAUAUGAGAAAGGCCUUAUCAAGAGAUAAAGAGAAGAAAUCAAUAAUUCCUCUUCCUCACCCGGUUAGGCCUGAAGAUAUUGAAUAGCUUUAAGCUGUGGUUCUUGGGAAAUCUAUAAUAAAGACGAGCAUUGAGGGAGAAAUUAAAGGAUCAUUGGUAAUAUUUUUGUUUGAUUGUAAAUCUGUCCCAAUGAUUCAGUAUGUGCAUAAAUACUAAGUUAUGACUUCAUGAUAAAUUUGAGGUAUAGCAUUCUAUGGGCCCAAGAGCCACAGCUUAACCAGGAAAUGUUUGAUUAGUUUUACUCUUGCAGAUGAGUCUUGGUGAUGCACUGUAUGUAUGCAGAUUAAAUAAAGAUUUGUGUGAGAUUUAAUUUAUCGUGUGUAAUAGAUGAAAUAUAUUUGAUAGCACAAGUACAGCAAAAGAUUUUAUGUUGUCAGCUUUUCUUUUGGUGUUGAAAUGUUUGUUCAAUGUCAUGGUUGUAAGGCUCUUUGGACUUUUAUUAAGAACCAUCUCCAGUGGGAAGUGCAUACUAGCAUGUUUUUUUUACACACAUUGGAGAUGUAUGCAAAUGUUAAUAUUGUAUUGUGUCUUUGCUUAAGGAAGAAAUGCCAUCUAUUGCAUUUAGGCAAGAUUUUAAAUGUCCAUUAUCUCUCAUACUUUCUCUCAACUAGAUAAAGCAGUAGUGUGGUACAUUCAUAAAUAUAGCAGAACCCAAUAAACAUGCGAGCUGUUUCGUUCAACUAUACCAUGAACAACUUGUGUAUGAAUAAGAAAACGGGUUGAUUAUUACAAAACACCAUUUCCAUAAGCUUCAUGGUUUCUUUGAAAUAUUUCUGAAAUGCUCUCAAGUUUCAAGUGAUCUAAUUAAGACCGUAUAGUUUAUGUAAUUAUCAAAACAUUGUCCUGGAAUAAUUCCAGUUUUGUAUUUUUAAUUACUGUCUCAGUCAGAGACAAAGUAUGGCCCAGAGUUAAUAUUUUUAAACAUGUUUUGUUUGAAUUUGAAAACAAAGAACAUUUGUGUA